UCGCGGUUUUGGCACAUUCUCCAGCAGUCAGUCAAAGCAACGGACGUUAAAGCGAGCGGACGACCAGUGUAACGGAUUACGGAAUACACGGUGGACAUUAAAAAAAAACACGUUUCUCCUGCCGCUGUGCGUCCAGCCCGCUUAGAAAGUGUCAGCAUGUCCAGUGAGGUGCAGCCGAGGCCGGACGACAGCCCCAACACCAGCGGGGGAAGCUCGGACGCCGAGCAGAGGGAGACGGCCCCUCCGGAGCAGUCGGGCCCCGAGCAGCGCGACCAGACCCAGCCCAAAAAGAAGGAGGCCAAAAUCUCCAGCAAGACCGCUGCCAAGCUCUCCACCAGCGCCAAGAGAAUCCAGAAGGAGCUCGCAGAGAUAACCUUGGACCCGCCACCAAAUUGCAGCGCCGGUCCUAAAGGAGACAACAUCUACGAGUGGAGGUCGACCAUCCUGGGCCCUCCGGGCUCCGUGUACGAGGGAGGGGUGUUUUUCCUGGACAUUGCCUUUACACCAGACUACCCCUUCAAACCACCCAAGGUGACGUUCCGCACGAGGAUCUACCACUGUAACAUCAACAGCCAGGGGGUGAUCUGUCUGGACAUCCUGAAGGACAACUGGAGUCCUGCCCUCACCAUCUCCAAGGUCCUGCUGUCCAUCUGCUCCCUGCUCACUGACUGCACCCCUGCCGACCCUCUGGUUGGAAGCAUCGCCACACAGUACCUGACCAACAGAGCUGAGCACGACAGGAUAGCCAAACAGUGGACCAAACGCUAUGCCACAUAGACCAGCUCGACUCCUCCAGGAACCCCCCCGCCCC